AUGAGAGCCAUCUCUCUGAUCCGAUUCUUUUUCUUUAUCGUAAUCUACCUUUGCUUUUCUACGCCAUCGACGGCUGCCCCACACACCACGACCGAGAGAGCCUACGGAGUUACGAACAUUAAGACACACAUACCGCUUGUCCUUGAUCUAGACGAGUGCAACUACGAUGCGUGGAGGGAGUUGUUCCUGAUGCACUGCCUCACCUUCGAUGCUCUCGGCCAUCUUGAUGGAAGCUCUACCCCGACUGAUGACAACGACGCCGCCUGGCACAAGCGAGAUGUGAUUGUUAAGCUUUGGCUGUAUGGAACGAUUGCUAAGCCGCUGUUCAAAUCCACUUUCAAGAAAGGUGGAACCGCUCACGACGUUUGGGCUCGGAUUGAGAAUCAAUUCCGAAACAAUAAAGAAGCUAGAGUCAUGCAACUGGACAACGACCUUCGCAACAAGGAGAUCGGAGAACUAUCCAUUAACGAGUACUGUCAACAACAAGUCCACUGCCGACCUGCUCUCUAA